CCCCCCCCUUGUUGGUUCCCAGAUCCGCCCCUCAUUGGCAUGGAAAAAAACAAAACAAUUAAUUAUAGGAUAAUCCAAGACUGACAUCCUUGGAUCUUUUUAAUUUUACAACACCUUUUAUUAUCUUCUUUGAAGAUUAUGGUAUCCAGCUGAGGAUAUUUGAUUUUGGGGUAUAUAAAGUCAGGAAAUUUUAACUAAAUUCAGAUAUAAAUCUACUGCUUAAGCGCCAACAUUACUACAUUCCUACAAGAAGCUAAAUUGAAAAGAGUAAAUCAUUCAGAAUCUGCAACUAUAUAUGUGAUAAAAUGCCUGUAGUGCAUCCUUGUUUGGGCUGUGGAAUCAACGUUCGACUACGUCAGCAAUACUGAGAGCACCGACGUGGAUAUGGAUGUUGAUCCAGAGUACAGCACCACAAUGCCAGUUGUCAACAUGGACCUUCCAAAUGGAGACAGUUUUAAUGUUGACCGUCCAUUUGAUGUACCAGACAGGUUUGAAGAGGACACUCUUCAGGAGAUGUCUCUCCCUACAAACAUAUCUGAGCCUGUAACAGAGUCGGUAACCUACAGUAUUGUGGAAGGUGCUACACAGCGGGGAAACCCCCUCCUUGUUGACUCCGAGGGGUUCAUCUACACAGUCAAGAAGACUCUUCCAGGUCGUACUACGUGGAGGUGCAAGGUUCGUGGGAAAUCCGGGAACUGCAGCGCUAUGGUGUUCCAAUCAAACAGUGUUGGCCAAGGUGUCUGCUCUCCUCAAGUCUAAAGCCAAAGUGGAACUAUUCAAGCCUGGAUCGCAUCUUGUAGAAGAUGUUAUCAUCGAUGAGGCACCUCCGUCAGAUCCUGGUAAUGCAGAACUUGUUGUGUCACAUCUCAUCCGUAAGGUGAAUCGGGUUCGACAGCAGCUAAGGCCUGAUGAACCAACAGACUUGGCAUUUGAGAUUGAUGAUCGCUACA